CAAACCCAAACCGUGCGUAAAAGUUUCGGUUUCGCUUUGGUCCGGCGUCAGUCCGAGGAGCGCGUUGCUUGGAGAAGGAGCUGCUUUUUGGAGAGAGCAACAACUCCUUCUGUUUUCUGACUCUUACCUCCCGGGACACUAAUUAAACCACGUUUCCAGGAUGAGUGUGUCGGGGCCGUUGCUGUGCGUGUGCCUGGACCUCCUGCUGGUCCCUGUGCUCCAGUUGGCUCAGCGCUCGGCGUUCCUGUGGGCGCGGCCGUGGGCGUGUCUGUGGGGAGGGGCGGCGGCGAGGGCGGCCGUGCUCCUCCUCUUCUGCGCCUCCUUCCCCGGGGUCCCGUCGUGGAUGCGCGGGGCCCGGGGCCUCCAGGCCGUGUCCGUGCUCUGCUUCCACUUCCCCCUGUACACAGGGCUCCUGUGGGCCCUGGCGCGACCCACGGCGGAGGAGCUGUGGGGCUGCCACACCUGGACCAGGGUGCUGCAGGGUUACGGCGUCACCGCUCUGGCCUGGGUCUACUGGAACCGUCACGUCUUCCCUCUGCUCGUCUCCUCCGCUCGUUCCCUUCGCUCCUGUUUCCAACGCGCCGCCCCCGAAGAGGCCCAAGCCGACCGCCGCCUGCAGAGGCUUGUGGGAUACAUGCGGCCGUACUCCGGGAGGUUCACCGCGGUGCUGGUCAUGGUCGUCCUCUCCUCGUUUGGUGAGAUGGCGUUCCCUCAGUACACCGGCCGCGUCGCCGACUGGAUCAUGAACAAAGAGGCUCCCGACGCCUUCACCCAGGCCAUCACCCGCAUGGCCCUGAUGACCAUCGCCAGUGCGUUUCUGGAGUUCUUCUGUGACCUCAUGUACAACGUGACCAUGAGCCACAUCCACACCAUCGUCCAGGGAGAAGUGUUCCAGGCUGUGCUCAAGCAGGACAUCAGCUUCUUCCAGGCCACGACCACCGGGGAGCUGGUGUCUCGUAUCACCACAGACACCAACGACAUGAGUGAGGCUCUGAGUGAGAAGCUGAGUCUGCUCAUGUGGUACUCGGCUCGCUUCGUCUUCAUCCUGGCCUUCAUGGUGUGGCAGUCCUGGAAGCUCACGCUGCUCACCUGCAUGGCCCUGCCCGUCAUCUGGGUGGUACCGGAGCUCAUCGGGCACUUCAGACAGGCCAUUUCUACUCAGCUCCAGGAGUCGUUGGCCAAAGCGAACCAGGUGGCCACAGAGACGUUCUCCAACAUGAAGACGGUGCGCAGCUUUGCCAACGAGGAGGGAGAGACGGAGCGUUACAGGAACAGCCUGGACCAGACCUACGGCCUCAACAAGAUGGAAGCUGCAGCCUACGCAGGGACCACCUGGGCCAACAGCCUCACCACUCUGGCUCUGAAGGUGUGUAUCCUGUACUAUGGAGGGACUCUGGUGACUCGAGGGGCCGUGAGCGGAGGAGACCUGGUGUCCUUCGUCCUGUACGAGCUGCAGUUCACCUCGGCUGUGGAGGCCGUCAUGCGUUUUUACCCCGAGGUGAAGAAAGCCAUCGGAGCCUCAGAGAAGAUCUUCCAGUAUCUGGACCGGGUUCCUCAGAUCCCUCCAGACGGAACUCUGGCCCCAGAAAAACUGGAAAAGGAAAUCGAGUUUAAAAAUGUGAAAUUCUCCUACAACGGCAAAAUGGAUGACAGCAGUCUGGUGCUCAAGGGCGCCUCCUUUAAGAUCCUCCUGGGAAAGACCAACGCUCUGGUGGGUCUGAACGGCUCGGGGAAGUCCACGUGUGUGAAGCUCCUGGAGAGGUUCUACCAGCCCCAGGAGGGAGUCAUCCUGCUGGACGGAGAACCGCUGCAGAACUACAAGAACCAGUACCUCCACCAGAAGAUUGCCGUGGUGAGUCAGGACUGUCUGCUGUUCGCUCGCUCGGUGGAGGAGAACAUCAGGUAUGGGUUCGAGAAGGCCUCAGAGGAGGACAUGAAGAGAGCGGCGGAGCUGGCCUGUGCCCACGACUUCAUCACGAAACUGCUCUCAGACGGAUACAAGCACAGGUUUGUCCCACUUUAUUAAAGAAGGACUAUUUUACUUCUGUUUUGCUUCUAACACGUCACAUUUAGAUCAACACGGUUCCUGUUAUUGUUUUGAAAAUGUUUUAUUCCCCAAAAACAUCGCACUAAAGUUUCAAGAGUCUCCAAUCCCUCUCGUUAAGUCGUUUGUUGUGAUUCGGAUUAUACGAUGGGACUUUCGGCUCUUUCACAGGAGCCGAAUCUUUUGUAUCGGUUCAUU